AGAUGGCGAAAAGAAGAUUUGUACCUGCUUAAUCACAGCACUCCAUGUACCUGUCCUCCAAGUUGUUAGGAGACUUGAAAAAAAGGCCAGGACCAGAGGCCUUACUAUCUAUCAGAUUCUUGAUAAUUCCAGUCAUUGUUUCAGAUCCUCAAGGAUUUUAUCAUUUAAAUCUAGGGAGCUACUCUUGGAUUGAACAGAUUGUUUCAAACUGUUUCGCAAUCAGAUGCAUCUGACAAUUGAGACUGCUGUAGAUGCAUUGACUUGGACACUGACCAAUGUUCUACAUCUUCUACAGAUGUUCGUAAUAAUGUUUAACAUAAGCAAAGAGCUUAUGGGACUUCAAAAUACUAUUCCUACCACCAUUGUCUGGAGUUGACAUUGUCAAAAUCAAGGGGUUUGUCCUUUGUUGAGCUUCGCUCAGAUGGCAUCUAAGUCAUAUCCUCUGACGGGGGCUGAGCGAGCUGUGUGCCGGCUGGUCCACCACGGACCUCGACCCCAGGCUGCACUAAAGCCCCUAAAGUUGGAGCUUGGGGACUACGUGGAGAAAACUCUCACCAAGCAGAAACAAAGGAUGGAAGCCUCAUGUCUGGAGUUGGCUUUGGAAGGCGAAAGGCUGUGUAAGACCGGGGACUUUAAAGGUGGGACAGCGUUCUUCGAGGCGGCCGUGCAGGUUGGCACGGAGGACCUGAAGACACUCAGUGCCAUCUACAGCCAGCUGGGCAAUGCCUAUUUCUACCUCAAGGAGUAUGGCAAAGCCUUAGAGUAUCAUAAGCACGACCUGACACUGGCAAUGACAAUAGGAGACAGAAUAGGAGAGGGAAAAGCCAGCGGUAACCUUGGAAACACCCUAAAGGUGUUAGGCCGUUUCGAUGAAGCAGCAGUGUGCUGUAAAAGACACCUGGACAUCUCUCAAGAGCAAGGGGAUAAGGUUGGGGAGACGAGGGCCCUGUAUAACAUAGGUAAUGUGUUUCAUGCGAAGGGGAAGCAGCAGCUCUGGGGCUGCAUCCAGGAGCCUGGGGAUCUGCUUCCAGAUGUCAGAGACACACUACAGAAGGCUACUGGGUUCUAUGAGAUGAACUUGUGUCUGGUCAAAGAACUGGGUGAUCGAGCUGCCCAGGGAAGGGCCUUUGGUAACCUAGGCAACACCCACUAUCUGCUGGGAAACUUUGUGGAGGCCAUCAAGUUCCACAGACAGCGUCUGUCCAUCGCCAAAGAGUUUGGUGACAAAGCGGCUGAGAGAAGAGCUUAUAGUAACCUUGGCAAUGCUUUAAUUUUCUUGGGCCAAUUCAACACUGCUACAGAUUACUACAGAAAGACUUUGCAGCUGUCUCAUCAACUGAAGGACCAGGUGAUGGAGGCCCAGGCUUGCUACAGUCUGGGAAACACCUACACUCUUCUACAGCAGUAUGAAAGAGCCAUUGACUACCACAUAAAACACCUUCUUAUAGCCCAGGAGCUCACAGACAGAGUGGGUGAGGGCCGUGCCUGCUGGAGCCUGGGGAAUGCCUAUGUGUCUUUAGGGAACCAUCGUCAGGCACUGCAUUAUGCCCAUAAACACCUGGACAUCUCCAGCGAGAUUGGAGACAGGAAUGGGGAGCUGACUGCCAGGAUGAAUGUGGAGCAGUUGAUGGAGGCUCUGGGGGUCAGCGAGAGUGACCUUACAUCCUGCGGUUCAGAGUUUGAGAAGCAAGGAGCAAGACCUAAGUUUUCCAAGAGAAACAGCAUGGACAGUGUAGAGCUGUGGAAGUAUUCCUCAGAUAAGAAGCUAGGUUGUGACCCUUCUGAUGAGGACUGCUUCUUUGAUCUCCUCAGCAAGUUUCAGAGCAGCCGCAUGGAUGACCAGCGCUGCAACUUAGAUGAGACACAGAAUGGGGAGAACGGCAAAAAUGGAGGCGGUGCAGCAGACAUCCUAUCCUUCAAUGAAAUGCUAGAUACUGCAAUCCUCACUUCCCCACAGACUGAGGAGCUGUUUGACUUGAUUGCCAGUUCUCAGAGUCGUCGCCUGGAUGACCAGCGGGUCAACGUUAGCAACUUGCCAGGUCUCAGAAUUACCCACAACAACAUGAGCCAUCUGUGUGGUGAGGCAGACCCCCAGGAGCCCAGCGAUGACUUCUUCAACAUGCUCAUCAAGUGCCAGUCCUCCAGGAUAAAUGACCAACGGUGCUCCCCUCCAGAUGCAGGCUCUAGGGCCCCCACAGUGCCUGAUGAGGACUUCUUCAGCCUCAUCCAGAGGGUGCAGGCCAAGCGCAUGGAUGAGCAACGUGUCCAGCUCCCCUCAGAUGAACAAGAUGGGCCCUGCUCCCAUGAGGUCCAACCGUCCUCCAGUGACAACAACUAGGAGUCGAAGAACACACCCAUUGGGAACUCUAUUUAAAAAAGAAAUGUACACAAUUCUAUCAAGAACAUUGAUGACCAUUCAAGGAGGGGUGUGAAGAGAAGUGAAUUAGGUUGAAUGUGCAAUAGGUGAUGCUUUUCCAGUUGUCAAUAAAUGUUUUAGCUUAGAUUUAGAUGUGUAUAAAUCCAAUUGGAAGUUUGACUUGAGGGAAACAUUUUGACAGGGAUGAGACAUGUAUUAACACAUAAGACACAGAUAUUUACCCUGUCAACUGCCUUAAUCAAUUUGUCUGAGGCUCACAUUAUAUUCCCAAGUGUCAGACAUUCUGUGGUCUUAAGUAGCAUGAUAAGUAUUUUAAUAUUUGUAAAUGAGUGUUUGAAGGUUUGCGUGUUUGUGUAAAUGAAUGAUUAUUGUUGAAAUCGUUGUAUUGUAUGUUAUAACAGUGUUAGGUUCAGUAUGGUUAUUGGUGACAAACUGUAACUCAAUGUUAAACCAUCUGUUUCCAUUACUUUAAUGAAUCUAGAAACUGCAGUGGAUCAUCUUUUUUCUCAAACACUAGGCUAGAUUUUACAUUUAAACCAAUAAAGCUAUUCAUCAGAAUGUAUCCAGACAAAUACAGUGAUUAUUGGUAAAGUACAUUAUGCACAAUAUGUAGCAUACAUAUUAAACUGCAAUUAGAUCUUGAUCUGAGAAUUUCAAACAACCUAAAAUAACUACAUAUACACCAUAAAUACUUUUUGAUAGUGAAGCUUAUCAAACUCAAAUAUGAGUGCAUCAUCACAUCAGCUAGGCCAUGUUACUGUAGUGCCAACCACAUACAAAUCAGCCAAGAAUAUACUGUAUUCAGCCAUUGUAUAUGAUAUUGCCAUUUCAAUGUUUAAGGUUGUUUCUGAAUUGUAUGUGGCCUGCUACAAUAUUUGAGUAAGACUGUAAGCUUUGAAGUUUAAUUUCUACUAGAAAAUGCUACAUUUUCCACUGACACACUGCCUCUAUGAUUACAGCUGUGUAUUACAGCUGUCCUAUGUAUAACCCAUCUAAUUUUUGGAUGUGAAAAAUUGUAUUCAUUACUUUUUGAAGUAGAACUAAUGUGCUCAGAGUAAAAGGAUUUAAGCAUUUUUUUGUUAAACAAGUUACAAGCUGUA